AUGUUGGUCUUCACCCUUCUCACACUCUUAUUCUGCGUCUGGAUUCAGACACGCGACAUUUAUUACACCUGGGGAGAUUUUAGCGCCUGCACGUAUGUCGCAUGCAACAUUAUGUGCUUGAACAUCGCUUUGUUCAAAAUAUUGAUCCUAGUUGUACACAAACAGAAAUUCCUGAACCUAAUCCGGUACAUGGAGAAGCAUUUCUGGCAUACGAACUACACACUGUACGAGCUGGCAAUCCUCGCCAGAUGGAAACGCAUCUGUAUUUACUUCAUUUCUAGCUUCACCUUUUUUACGGAAACUGCGAAUGUCAGUUACACGGUCAUACCGAUUAUAGGUACAUGCACUACCACUCAAGGAUAG